GAACAAUACUGGAACUCGCCCAAAGUGCAGGCGUAUUUCAGCGCGAAGGAUUUGGAGAAGACGAAGUUGAAGAAAUUGGUUAGGGCGGGAGUGCCUGAUGGGUUGAGAGGAGAGAUAUAUGCGAAGAUAUUGAAGCUCGAUCAAUUGGCUGAGUAUGAAAAGAACUACGAGGUCGCCCUCACCCGCACGCACGGCUCCGUAAUCCCCUCCGAACCCCUCCCCCCAACCUUCGGCGGCAAAUCCCACGCCGCCCAGCUCGCCCUCAACAAAAUCGGCUCACGAACGACGGAACACAUCCGCUGCAUCAUCGCCCACGAUUUCCCCGCCCUAGAAUACUGCCCCUUCAUCACCCCCUGCGUCGAGCUCCUUGCUCACCACAUGCGCGAUGAAGACGAACUAUUAGGCGCCAUUUACGCGAUGGUCAAACGAAGCACCCAGCGGUCCCCAACCUCCACCUCUCAAUCCGCAUCAUCCUCGUCAUCCCAACAAGACGAAUGGGGCUACUUCCCCACCUACCGCAAAGGCGUCAAAUUAAUGCUCCGCGCCUUCGGAAACCUGCUCUACACAUCCAACAAAAGACUCCAUCUCCACCUCACCGAGCUGCACUCCACCUCCCCUGACCCCGUCUGGGCCGACUGGCUCACCACAAUGCUCAUCGGGCACAUCCCGCAACCCGCCCUCUGGCGCCUCCUCGACGCGUUCGUGCUCGAGGGGUGGAAAGCCCUCUUUAGAUUCGCGGCAGGGAUGCUGAUGUGUCAGCGCGACGUGCUGUUAGCUCAGCCCGAUCUCGGGCACGUAAACGCGCUGUUGACUCCGGAGAACCCGAUAUUCACACCACCGACGGUGUUACUGAAACAGGCGGAAAGCAUCACCGUGUCCCGCUCCGAUGUCCGGAAAUUGAAAGACCACCAUAAGACACUCGCAGCAAUCUCCCACGACGACCAUAUCUCCGAGUCACAGUACCGGUACCAACGCGGGCUCCCGAAACUCAUCUCCUCCUCCACGUCCACACCCACAUCAUCGUCAGUCUUGACGGAUGAGCACUGGAUCGCCCUCUGGUCGUGGAUCCCGCCCGCGAAACGCGUUGAGAGUCUGGAAUUGGUGUUUACGACCAAGGAGCAUGGGACGCAUUCGGCGAAUUUGUUUAGGAGGUGUGAGGGACGGGCGCCGAUGAUACUUGUGGUGGAGACGUUGAAGGGGGAGGUGUUCGGGGCGUAUUUAAGUGCGCGUUGGCCGAGUGGGGAGGAGGAGGGGGGGAGGGGGGAGUGGUUUGGUAAUGGCGAGACGUUUCUCUUCUCCCUCGUCCCCUACGCCAAACUCUACCCGUGGAUCGGCCGC